AUGGCACCGAGUCUUGCUAUGGUUCAGGUAAUUCCUGGUGUCGUUUUACCCAUUAGGAUCUUCAUCAACCGGAAGCAGGUUGCCAAGAACAUCAAAGAAUCUCGCACAUCCUUUGAGACUCCUGUGCUGUCCAAUAACUCGAUAAUCAGGCUGAAAUCUCCGCUCGUGAGACUCUACUUAUCUAACACCGAUGCCAAGAAUUUGUGUGAGGACAUCAGAAAUGAGCUCAUGCUGGUACUUUACGAGCUUACCGCCAAAAACGUCAAUGACGAAAUAGUCAGUAAAGUGAAGAUCGGCAAUCUCGUGGAGUUCAAAGACGUACUGGAGAGGAUUCCUGCUAUAAAGAGCAUGUUUGGAGCGCAAACUGAGCUUUGCCAUCUUCUCACGCUCGAGAGAACAGGUAAAUAUCAAUACAAACUGCAUUACGACCACAAAUGGGGUUUGGACAUAUUUAUCACGGACAUCAGAAAACUCGUACGAAUUCGCAACAGUCUCUUAAUGCGGCUCUCACCUAAAGCCAAUGCUAUUCCAGGUGUGCCCAUGGUUAGAUUUUCCGGAAUGAAAAUUCUAAGACGCAUCAGAGAAGAGGUUCCUACGACGUUGACAAUCGAUGAUGAGCAAGGGAUUUUAAAAGAGAGUGAUGAGGAGCUCGAUGUGUCCCAAGUUGAUCUCGGUGAACACAGUUCUCUAACGGCCUCGAACUUGGAGCCAAAUAAACAAGACAAAAAACCGCAAUUCAAGUACGUUCAUCAGCCAAUGCUCAAUUUGGGUAACUGUAUCGACAUUCAUGUUUUGAAGAGACCCAGGCGAGGUAAGGCUAACUCAUGA